AUGAAAGCCGAGAGUCUCAUGGGUGAAAUUCUCUGCCACAAGGGCAAAUACCAGGAAGGCGAGUCGACGAUCUCGAUACGCUGGAAACCCGCCGAAGACUCGCCGAAGGCGUAUGGCUGUCUCGGUCGUCGCGAGGAAGGCGUCGCUGCGGCUGAGAAACGUGCCGCACGGCUGCAGCAUCUCCUGGGUCUCCGCGAAUUGCACAAUCUUCUCGGUCCCCGACACCCACUCACCAUCUGGGGGCUACGCAUCCUCGGCGCCAGUCAGAUGCAGGCCAGCGCCAGCAUCACCGAGCCCUCGGGGCACGCUGCGACGCGCGCUCGCCAGCGCAGAAGGUAUCUGGGUGCGGACCACCCGGAGACUAUGAACAUCGUGGCGCACAUGGGCAUGAUGGCAUGCAAUGCAGGGCGGCAUGGCCAGGUUUUCAACAUCGGCUGGGACGAGGCCAUCCCGGUAAUACAGGGCACGCUCUCCAUGUUGGCCAUGAUGUAUAUGACUAGACAGCGGUAUCCGCAGGCGCAGGGCUACUUCGAUCGACUUCUCGCUUCGUAUGAUGGGUCAGGCACCGAGUUACCGGAGAAUGUACGCACGAUGGCGGAACUAUGUCCGGAUGAAUACACGGUUCCUGGAACCGCAAAGAGGAUCAAGUCUCCAGGGAUUGUUGAAGUCGUUUCAAAGACGAAUAUAGGUGAUGAUCCAUGCUAUUGA